AUGGCGAUAGAAAAGGUUAUGAUACUAGGGAACUGGGAACUUUGUCUUGCCAUCAUCAACGCCCUCCUCCCAUUAGAAACUGAAUCUCACGCCUACAGCUAUCAAGUCACUGUACUCACCUAUCCUUCACAAACCCUCAGCCUACCACCCCAUAUCAGCUCUUCUGCGGUACAGCACAAGAAGUCGGAUUUCUCGUCCACUUCACUCCAGUCAGCAAUGGUCGGACAAGAUGUAAUCAUAAGCACAAUGUCAGGCGGGGAUUUUGAGCAACACAUACGUAUCAUCGAUGCCGCCAUCGCCGCAGGCGUCAAGCGCUUCAUUCCUGAUGAAUUCAGCCACGACAGCAUGAACCAGCAGAUACAAACGCGCAUCCCAAAACACGCCGGACGGGCCAAAGUCAUCACCCAUCUCCAAAACAAUGCCAGAGACCACCCAGGCUUCGAAUGGACUGCAAUCGUGACCGGUUACACGCUAGACACCCAGCUCAUCGGCGGCAACAUGGGCUUCGACAUGGAAUGGUACAGCGCAACCAUCCACGGUACCGGCACCGAGAAAUUCGCAGCUUCCAGUCUGCAAAGAGUGGGUCGAGUCGUCGAACGGGCCAUCUCACAUUGGGACGAAGUCAAGAACCAGUAUAUAUACGCUGCUGGCGUUAUAACAUCCGCGAGCGAGGUUCUGCGAUCUGCUGAGAAGGCUACUGGUCGUGAUUUCACCGUAGGAAAUUACGACGUUGAAGAGUGUAUCGCAGAAGGGCAAAAGAGAAUUGAGAAAGGGUAUCCCGACUCUGGAAUAUUUCUACUAGAGCGAAGUGUGCUGUACGACGAGCAAUUGGAAGCCUCGACACCGUUUGAGGAGAAGAGCGCGAAUGGUGUACUGAAACUGGAGUCGGAGUCGGUUGAAGUCAUUGUCAAAACGGCAUACCACGACUUAAAGCACCACGGCAAACCCGGAUGCGGAUGUUCGUCAUGA